ACUUGCAGAGUGAGACGGCCGCAUCACAGCUGCACAACGUGAUGCAAAUUACACAAAAAAAACGUGUAUACUUCGUGUAAAGUUUGAAAGGAAACUUCGUCGUUGAGGUCGCUGCAAUGGGACUCCCCACUUUGGAGUUCAGUGACUCUUUCCUGGACAGUCCGGACUUCAGGGAGCGUCUCAAAUGCCACGAAAUCGAGCUGGAGCGGACCAAUAAAUUCAUCAAAGAGCUAAUCAAGGAUGGGAACAUGCUAAUCACUGCGCUCAAGAAUCUCUCUGCUGCCGUCCAGAAGUUCUCCCAGUCCCUGCAGGAGUUCCAGUUUGAGUGCAUCGGGGAUGCAGAGACGGACGACGAGGUGAACAUUGCCCAGUCGUUCAAAGAGUUCUCCCAGCUGUUGACCACUGUUGAAGAGGAAAGAAGACGCUUGAUUCAGAACGCUGAUGAUGUGUUGAUUACUCCUCUGGAAAAAUUUCGAAAGGAGCAAAUCGGCGCUGCGAAGGUAAGAGACCGCCGUCGCGGCACGCGCAAUUAGCUGCUGAAUUGCGGAGGAGAAUUCACAAUAACUCUGACACCCCCCCCCCACCCCACCACAGUAUGUAUAUCAUUAAUUGAAAGUCAAAUAUGACACUGCCAGAAGAAGUGUCAUAAUUAGAGUGAUGGGGGGUAUGAACAAAGACAUCAGUUUGUGAGUGCUAUAUUAACAGACUUGUGAGUUCAAAAACAUCGUCAGUGUAAGUGUGCAGUCUGCUGUACUCCUGUUCUACGCAUUCUUCUAACCUUUCAGCCAUAUUGGAUUGAUAUCAGUAGGGGUUUCGGCACAGGCCUGCUUGAAGGCGUCGUGGUUCCACAGUGGCUUUGUUGUCGGACUGCAAAGAACAGUGUGGGCUUUUUGCUACAAGCCAUGCUUUCAUUCCCCGGCCAACGCAAAGGCAUAAAAUGAAAGCGCAAGCAGCUUGUUUGUGGUCAUCUCCCUUGAUGAGAUCACACAUGGUAGAACUCGAGCCCUUUACACAGAUCUCCCACUGAGUUUCUGAGUCCACUGCUAACUCCUCGCCCGGACUCUGUGAAUCAUUUGCACAUCUUUGCUCAGAGCCCCCACACCCUGUGAGGGACAUUCCAGCCUCAAAGUCUUACUCUUCAUCCGUCUUGAUUUAUUUAACAGGACCUGACAGCCACCGGUCUGCAAAAGUAGUCAUUUUUACUGCACUUCUCGGUGCUGAGGUGUGAACAUCAAUCACUCUCCCUUUUUUUUCUUUUUUUUUACUGCCCCAGACUAAAUAACCAUUGUCGCUUCAUGUCUCAACCAUCACAUGUAUCUACCGUAAUGAAACGGCACAUUCUGCUGCCAUCUCUUUCUCUCACUCCACCAUCUCAGCGUUAUUGCGCCGACUCUCUAUGUUUAUAAAAUGGUUUCUUAAAAGCCACAGCCCUCGUCACUCCCACUACCUCUUAUUUCCUCCGACCACUUCCUCCUAAUGGCUCUCCUCCUACGGCCCAUCCCCCCACCCCCACCCCCCAGCUGAACAUUAGCCCAAACCAGAGUGAGAUAAAAGGCAGACAUCACGAGUGGCAGAGCAACUUUCCACUGUUCCGAGAAUCUGGAGAGAUCCGCAGGCUGUCUGACCCUUCCAGUUACUGCGCUUCACGUCUGAGAACGUCAGACGGACGAACGGGGGAGCUCUUGCCUUAUUUGGGUAUGCAGAGCGAGUAAUCCCACUGAGGGUACGUACCAGUGUAUCGGCUUCCGAGGAACAAGCACAACACUUCCAGGGCCGUAACACACCAGCAGAGUGACUGCAGCACUGCAGGACAUAUUAGGCACAGUCUGCUUCACACAAGGAAUACAACCACUCAAACUUUGCACAGAGUUUAGCAAAUACACGGCAAGGAGGCUCUGGGAAAUGAAACAAUCGUCACCAUCACCACCACCACGUGUGCUGGCUGCCAAACUGCCACGAAAGAACCGCAACGUUUGUGGCACUUUUUGUUUCAGAUGUAUUUUCAGUUUCAGAUGCAUUUGUUGUGGGCUGAUAGUUGUUGACUUCCCAGGUGAAGAGCGGUGCUUUCAGAACUGAAACAAGGAAUGGAAAUCUGACCUGGUUUCAGGGUACAUCUUCUGUUUGCCGUCACUGCGUCAACACAGCCGGCUCUUUGGUUCAUCCACUAAAUUGCUAACCCGUAACCCGAACUGAUCUCCGGCAAUUUGGACCUCAACCUUUGGCCUAAACUCUCACAAAGUAGUGCUCUGCUGAUUGUUUUUCCACGGAUGGAGGCCUAAAGUUGAUCCACACAUUUUGUUUGUGUGUGUGUUUAUCCGUUUUAAAAUAAAAAAUAAAAAGACCCCAUUGACCCUUUCUCAAGAAAAUACCAGGGUUUCUAACUGGUGGGUGGCAUUCCUGCUCCCCUUCAAGGGUCUUCAACAUUAGGAGCACCAUAGGGGUCCCUCUCUGGCUGAUGGUGAUUAGUGCAAAUAGACCCAGAUGGGAGUCAGAUGGCCACGAUAAUUUGAGCUGUCUUCGUCCUACAAAGGCUGCACAGACAUGACAUGAUUCUUGCCGAGUUAUGGUCUCCAGAGGCAGAAAUGACUUUUGCAUUCAUGCUGUAAAAAAAUCCCCAAAUAUGCACACGGACGGAGUAAAGGGGGUCGAUUUUAAGUUGUAUGGAGAUAUGCUCGCCAGCAGUGGGCGACACUAAAACUUUUCAAUCAUAGAAGUAUAUUGAUAUUACUUUGUAUAUACUUGGGAUGUUGUGGUAGGUCAGUAGACGGUCAAGUACCGAUUUCAUUCAGGUGACUCAAAGCCUUGUCUUCUAUCUGUCUCUUGAAUUGUGUUGCAAGAAAACUACACUGGAAAACAGGUCUGGGCGAUCUAAAAAUACAUUUUCGGUGGAAUUGAUUUGUCUUUGGCUGAUCAUUUCCACAGGUUUCGUGGUGACGAUACCAUAAGAUGGUGCCAAAGAAAGAAACCUUCUAAUCUU